AUGAUGCCCUUCUUUGUGGACCAAUACGGUAACCCUCACUCCCGUACACAUGCGUACGGCUGGGAAACGGAGGCUGCCACAGAUGUGGCUAGGGGUAACAUUGCUAGUCUUAUAAACAGUGAUCCAAAGGAAGUUAUUUUCACUUCCGGUGCUACUGAAAGCAACAACAUGAUUCUCAAGGGUGUGGCAAAUUUCUAUAAGGCUAAGAAGAACCAUAUUAUUACAACUCAGACUGAGCAUAAAUGCGUCCUUGACUCGUGCCGUUAUCUUCAAGAAAAUGGCUUCGAAGUUACUUACCUCCCUGUUCAGUCUAACGGCCAAAUCGAUCUUGAUCUCUUGAAGAAGGAAUUGCGCCCGACUACCAGCAUUGUGUCUAUCAUGACAGUGAACAAUGAAAUUGGUGUUAUCCAACCUAUUAAGGAAAUUGGAGAACUUUUAAAGACAUAUGGCGCUGAUCUGUCCAAGCAAUUGGGACGUGGUAUGCCAAAACCAUUUUUCCACACCGAUGCUGCGCAGGCUCUUGGAAAGAUUCCGAUUGACGUGAAUGAGGCGAACAUUGACUUGAUGAGUAUGUCGAGCCACAAGCUCUACGGUCCCAAAGGUAUUGGCGCUGCCUUUAUUCGUCGCCGUCCUCGUGUUCGAUUGGAGGCUUUGAUCAGCGGUGGUGGUCAGGAACGUGGUCUGCGUAGUGGUACACUCCCCACCCCGCUUGUGGUUGGAUUUGGUGAGGCUGCUCGCCUUGCCAAGAAGGAAAUGGCGUAUGAUCAUGCCCAUGUUUCCAGGUUAUCAAAGCGUCUUAAGGACAAUAUUAUGUCGCGCGUUGAAAUGGUACUCCUGAAUGGUGAUCCUGAUGGCUAUCCUGGUUGCACAAACUUGACAUUUCAAUAUAUCGAGGGCGAGUCCUUGCUGAUGGCGCUCCGCGACAUUUGCCUUUCUUCUGGAUCUGCAUGUACCUCAGCCUCACUUGAACCUUCCUAUGUGCUUCGUGCACUUGGUCUGGACGAUGCCAAUGCCCACUCGAGUCUACGUUUUGGUAUUGGCCGUUUCACUACGGAUGAGGAGAUUGACUUUGUAUGCGACAAAAUUGUCGCAGUUGUUCAGCGUCUGCGCGAAAUGAGUCCAUUGUGGGAAAUGGUUCAAGAGGGAAUUGAUCUAAACUCGAUCCAGUGGUCUGGCUAG